AUGAAACCCUCUGAAAGAAGCAUCAAAGCUUGGAACAGAGAAACUAAAAAUAAAGCAAUGCAAAAAAGCACUCGACCGACCAAGACACAGUUCCUUCUCCACCUUCCUAGACUUCACAACCAGGAUCUGAGUAGAAGUGCAACCUGUUCGAAUGCAAUUGAUUUUUCAUCUGUUGAUUAUUCAAACUAUAAUGAUGCAAAUAACAUUAAUAAAUCUGAUUCUGAUACUACAUUAAACGCUGAUGAUAAAGAUAUAUUUCUCUCAAUCUAUUGGAAAAAUGGUAUGCUGGGAGCUGCAUCUUAUAAUAGCCAAAUAUCUGAAAUACAAAUUUUGCACGAUGUCAUAGAAAGUAAUUUAGACUUUAAAAUGUUGAAUGCUUUAUUUAUGCAAGUUAGACCUGCAAAUAUCGUAGUAUGUAGUUUACAAGGUGGACAUUUUUUAAAAAUUAUUAAGCAGUUAGCUCAUAAUGGCAAAAUAAAUAUGUAUUCUAGUCCAACUAGUACUGAUGAUUAUAAAUCAGAUGAGAUAGUGCAUAUAUUACCCAAACAAUGUUUCAGUAAGUAUCUAUAUUUACUACAUUUCAAAACAUGUGAGCAAUUAAUUUUAUCCAUGUCAUUGGCGUCUGCUCCGAAAAAUGAAAAGUCCCGCAAAAUAUAUAUACGCAGCUUAAUAGAUUUCACUCAAGAGUUAGCUGUAUGUGCAUUAGGUGCAUUACUACAUUUCUUGGACACUCCAUUGAUAAAAUUAAAUUUACCAACCAACUUCACAAUAAUGUCAUUAAGAAUUCUUAACAUGGAUAAUCUAGUUUGGCUUGGUAUUAGUACAUAUGAGUCAUUGCAAAUAUUUUCAGUACAUGAACACCCAUCUGCAUACAAAUGGGCCAAAAAUUCAACUAAAGAAGGCCCAAUACAAUCUGCACCAUUUUUACUUACUAAAUGUAUAUCUGAUUAUAUAUUUCAGACAGUUAUAAAUGCUGUAACAAUUGGAGAAAUUUGUGAAAGAUAUUCAGAGCAAAUUACUUUUUUUACAAAGAUUAAAGAAACAUUAAAAGAUAGUCUUUAUACUAUGGUUAAUUCUAUGUCCUGUAUAAUUGACUUUGAAAAAUCCACUACCCAAGAUAGAUUUGUAGUAAAACCCGGAUUCAUACCAGAACUUGAUGAAAAAAAAUCAAAAAUUGAAAACAUAUCUGAACUAUUAGAUGAAAUAACAUUAAAAGAACUACAAGAAUUACCUUCAUACAUUAACGAGUGUUCAAUACGUAAAAUGCCAGAAAUUGGAUUUCUAUUGUGUCUUCCAUUUUGGAAACCUUCUAAUGUGAUGACUGAAAAUGAUUAUAAAAUCCAAAAUUUAGAAUUUCAUCUGACAGAUAAUGUAUAUUACAAAACUUCAAGGUGUUAUGAACUUGAUAAAUAUUUUGGUGAAAUUGAAUCAAGUAUUAUUCAAGAAGAAAUUCAAAUUAUGACAAAACUGUCAGAGCUUAUUAUACAGAACUGGAUAAGCGAUCUACAUUUAAUUUUAAAAUUAAUUGCUGAAUUAGACUGUUUAAUAGGGUUUGCUGAUGUUGCCAAAGAUUUGAAAUUAAUAAAACCUAAUAUACUUCCUAAAGAACACUGUAUAAUAAACAUAAUUAAUGGUCGACAUAUUUUACAAGAAAAAUAUGUGAAUAAAUUUGUGCCUAACAGUUAUUAUUCUUCAAAAAUAAAUCAAUGUAUCAAAGUUAUAACAGGAUUUAAUUCAAGUGGAAAAAGUAUUUACUUAAAGCAGGUAGCAUUAAUAUCAUAUCUAUGCCAUAUUGGAUGUUACAUACCAGCUGAGUACACAGAAAUAAGUAUAUUAGAUCAUAUUCAUACAAGAAUUCAAUCAACUGAAUCUGUAAGCUCUUUAAUGUCAGCUUUUAUGGUUGAUCUAAAACAAAUGUCAGUGGCAUUAAAUGAAUCAACAUGUAGCUCUCUCGUAAUAUUAGAUGAAUUUGGAAAAGGUACAUCUGAAGUCAAUGGGUUAGCUUUGCUACUAGCAAGUAUUUGUCAUUUUGUGCAUAGACCAUUACAUUUAUUGCCUCACAUCAUUGUUUCAACUCAUUUUCAUUCUUUACCAAAUCUUCUUCAACAAAUAAUAAAUAAAGAUAUUUUAAAUGACAAUAUAAAAGUGAGUACCUACAUAGUAGACAACUGUUUGAAUAAUAUCAUAAAUAAUAGAAAUUAAUAAUCAACUAGUUUUUUAAAUAAAUGUCUUCUAUUUAGUACCUUAGCAUGAGCCACACGGUAGAAUACUCCAAAAUAGUAUGCUUAUAUAGAGUAGUAGAUAAAAUAAAAAACCAAAAUAUGAGUAUGGCUCACAGCAUAGCAGCACAAAAUGGUUUACCAACAUGUAUAGUUGAAAGAGCUAAUAAGGUAUAAAAUAAUGAUUAUGAAUUAGUAAAUUAUUAUGAAUAAUUAAAAUAUAAAUUGAACUAUGUAUAAGGUUCUUCAAUCAAUCCAACAUGAUGAAUGUGUAAGCCCAAUGACAGAAAAUCUCAGAUACAAAUUAUUUUCUAGGAGGAAACAUUUUAUUGAAAAAGUACUAGAUCUAUUGCAAGACAAAAUGACAGAUGAUACUUUCAAAGGACUAGUAAAUGACAUGGAAAAUAUAAGGUAUCCGUAAAAAUGCUAGAAUUAAGCUUAAUCAUUUUGUUAUAUUUUCUUCAUUCAAACUUUAACAACAUAAAUUAUAUGAUUAUAAAAUGUAAAA